AUGGCGGCGCGGGCCUGGGAGCCGCCGCUGCUGCUGGCGCUGGGCCCCCCCGCCGCGGUGGCCAAGCUCAACAUCCCCAAGGUGCUGCUGCCCUUCACGAGGGCCACGCGCGUGAACUUCACACUGGAGGCCUCGGAGGGCUGCUACCGCUGGUCGUCCACGCGGCCCGAGGUGGCCAGCAUUGAGCCACUGGGCCUGGCCGAGCAGCAGUGCUCCCAGAAGGCAGUGGUGCAGGCCCGCCUCACCCAGCCUGCCCGCCUGACCAGCAUCAUCUUCGCGGAGGACGUCACCUCGGGCCAGGUCCUGCGCUGCGAUGCCAUCGUGGACCUCAUCCAUGGUAUUCAGAUCGUCUCCACCACCCGUGAGCUCUACCUGGAAGACUCACCCUUGGAGCUGAAGAUCCAGGCCCUAGACUCUGAAGGGAACACCUUCAGCACCCUGGCUGGACUGGUCUUUGACUGGACAAUUGUGAAGGACACGGAGGCAGACGGGUUCUCAGACUCCCACAAUGCACUGCGAAUCCUCACUUUCCUGGAGUCUACAUACAUACCUCCCUCUUACAUCUCGGAGAUGGAGAAGGCAGCCAAGCAGGGCGAUACCAUCCUGGUGUCUGGGAUGAAGACAGGGAGCUCCAAGCUCAAGGCCCGCAUCCAGGAGGCCAUCUACAAGAAUGUGCACCCUGCAGAGGUCCGGCUGCUGAUUUUGGAGAACAUCCUUCUGAAUCCAGCGUACGACGUCUACCUGAUGGUGGGGACUGCCAUUUGCUACAAGGUGCAGAAGAUCAGGCAAGGGAAGAUCACAGAACUCUCCAUGCCUUCCGACCAGUACGAGCUGCAGCUUCAGAACAGCAUCCCAGGCCCAGAAGGAGACCCGGCCCGGCCCGUGGCUGUCCUGGCCCAGGACACGUCGAUGGUCACUGCAGUGCAGCUCGGUCAGAGCAACCUCGUCCUUGGCCACAGGAGUAUUCGCAUGCAGGGUGCUUCUAGGUUACCCAACAGCACCAUCUACGUGGUUGAACCUGGAUACCUGGGGUUCACAGUCCACCCUGGUGACAGAUGGGUGCUUGAGACAGGCCGCCUAUAUGAAAUCACCAUCGAAGUCUUUGACAAGUCUAGCAACAAGGUCUACCUGUCAGACGUUCACCCUUUGCUCCCGGGCACAGCAACCGUCAUGAUCCACGACUUGUGCCUUGCCUUCCCGGCCCCGGCAAAGGCCGUGGUUUACGUCUCAGACAUCCGGGAGCUGUACGUCCACGUGGCUGACAAGGUGGAGAUUGGGAAGACAGUGAAGGCACACAUCCGCGUGCUGGACUUCUCCAAGAAGCCUUUCCUGGCCAAAUAUUUCCCGUUCAUGAAGCUGAAGCUCCAAGCAGCCUCCCAGAUCGUCACGUUGGUGGCCCUUGACGAAGCCCUCGACAACUACACUGCCACGUUCCUCGUCCACGGCAUGGCAAUUGGCCAGACCAGUCUGACCGCAAGUGUGACUGAUAAAGCCCACCAGAGAAUCAGCUCAGCCCCACAACAGAUUGAAGUCUUUCCCCCGUUCAGGUUGAUACCCAGGAAGGUGACGCUGCUUAUCGGGGCCACGAUGCAGGUCACCUCCGAGGGUGGCCCCCAGCCUCAGUCCAACAUCCUUUUCUCCAUCAGCAAUGAAAGCAUUGCGCUGGUGAGCAGUGCCGGGCUGGUGCGGGGGCUCGCCGUUGGCAACGCCACCGUGUCUGGGCUCGUGCAGGCAGUAGAUGCGGAGACUGGCAAGGUGGUCAUCGUCUCUCAGGAUCUCAUGGAGGUGGAGGUGGUGCUGCUCCAGGCGGUGAGGAUCCGUGCCCCCAUCAUGCGGAUGAGGACAGGGACCCAGAUGCCUGUCUAUGUCACUGGGAUCACCAACCACCAGAACCCUUUCUCCUUUGGCAAUGCCGUGCCAGGCCUGACCUUCCACUGGUCUGUCACCAAGUGGGAUAUCCUGGACCUCCAAGGGCGGCACCACGAGGUAACCAUCUGCUCAGAGCCCACCAGGCCAGCACCCCGAGAGACAGGGAGGGUUCCUGUCACAUUGUCUGCCAGGAGGCCCCCACCUUCGCACCCAGCAGGGCCCUGGCCCCUCCAGCCCUCCCUGCAAGCUCAUUGGGCCUCCCUUCUCCCAGAUGCUAACCACCAGAGAUGGAGUUGGCAGGUGUCGAUCCGGCUCCCGUCACAGUACAACUUUGCCAUGAACGUGCUGGGCCAGGUGAAAGGCCGAACUGGGCUGAGGGUGGUGGUCAAGGCUCUGGACCCCACGGCUGGGCAGCUGCGUGGCCUUGCCAAGGAGCUGUCUGAUGAGAUCCAGAUCCAGGUGUUUGACAAGCUGGUGCUGCUCAACCCUGGAAUAGAAGCAGAACAAAUCUUAAUGGCACCCAGCUCCUUUAUGAAGCUCCAGACGAACAGGGAUGGUGCGGCCUCUCUGAGCUACCGUGUCCCGGAUGGGCCCGAGAAGGUUCCUGUCUUGCACAUUGAUGAGAAGAGCUUCCUGGUGCCAGGGUCUGUGAUGGGGACGUCCACAAUUGAAGUGACUGCACAAGAGCAUUUUGGGGCCAACGAAACCAUCAUUGUUGGUGUCAAGGUGAGUGCUCCCUGGCCCAGAGGGGAAUUGUGGAGACCUUGCACCCAGAGUCCCUCCUCAGGUCCUGCGGCAGUUCCAGCCAGCCGUCUCCGAUUUCCCAGCACGUGAUUGUCUCACCAUGGAGCCAGGCUUUGACGCUGCUCUGGAUUGCAUAUCAAGCCCAGGAUGAAAGAGGAACCCUCAGCCUGUCCUGCCUUCCCC